AUGUCUUUAUUACACUAUACUUUAUUACCACCAUUUCCACUAGAAACCGUCUUUGAAAUUUUAAAACACGCCGACAAUAAAACUCUGCUUACAUGCCUUGUGCUAAACCACAAAUGGUUUCAAACUAUUGCACAAAUACUAUGGAGAGAUCCGAACUUUAAGAGCAUAAAAACAAUAGAAACAUUGAUCGCUGGAUUAAAUUCUGAUGAAAAAUUGUUAUUCCCAUAUGAGCCUAAAAAUAAUGGAUUAUGGUUUCAUUAUCCUAUUUUUAUUACGGAAGUUUCUAUUGAUAUUGUUGAAGGAAUUAAAAAAUGGAUGCUUUUCAACCUCGGAGAAAUAAAUUCAGUUAAAUUUCUUAAAAUCAUGGCUACAUUGAGUAUUAUGAUUCUUCGUACAAGCCAAAACCUUAGGAGGUUAGUAUUUGGUGGAAGUGGGCUUGUUCUUGAUGAUCAACUAAGUGAACUAAGAGAUGCACUUUUUGCAGCAAUCGAAAACAACAGAACAUUAACUUCUCUUAGUGUAAUGGCAUUCUCACAUGUCCUUGAAAUUAACAAUACUUUGACUAAGUUGGACGUUCCAGGAAAUUAUAUUGGCCCCAAUGGGGUAGAGUCAUUGUCAUACGAAACAUUAAACCCGUUGGUUGAUGUCCUUAAAAAUACAUCAACACCGCAUUGA